CAGCGAAACAAAGGCCCAUAAAAUCAAUACAAAAGGAACCAAACAGAUGAACAACCCGGACACGGACCGGAGGUUUUAGGGUGAGACGCACUGUUAAUCUUUUUUCUGGCAACCCCGAAACUCAUCAAUCCCAACUUCCCAAGCACAGUUGAGAGACAAACCAAAAAGAUGGUGUCACUGAAAGAAAUAGUGCCGGCUGCACAGAACAACAUAGAUACAAAGUUCAUACUUUUGGACAAAGGCAGCAAGACUAUAGAAGGCCACAACAAGACGUGCUUGGCGCUUGUGGCGGACGAGACUGCCGCAGUUCACUUCCAGCUGUGGGGAGAUGAGUGCGAUGCAUUUGAGCCCGGCGACAUUAUACAGUUGGCUAAUGGCAUCUUCUCUUACAACAGGAACAGUCUUGUGCUGAGGGCCGGCAAGAGAGGGAAAGUGGAGAAGGUUGGAGAGUUUACCAUGGUUUUUGUUGAGACCCCCAAUCUGAGUGAGAUUCAUUGGGUUCCUGACCCGAAUAACUCGAAGAAGUACGUUCAGGAUGCUGUGAUUUCACCUCAUUCGCGCAUCUUUCCACCGAAAUAUUGAUCUACUCUUGUCUAUUGCGGCUCACUUCUUCCUCAUCUCAACAACCUGAGUUGAUUGAUGUGUUCUUGUUCAGGGCAAGUUAUUGCAGCAAAACACCAAUGUAUAAUUACCAUAGAGAACUGUAUGUCUACAUCUUUCUUGGGGAUACGAAUGAGUUUCGUUUUCAAUAAACAAGCUAACAUAUGUUUCGGACACA